AUGCCCCGAGUUGUGAUUGCUGUGGAGGGAUACGACACUUGUCUGCAUGAGGAUGAUGUCAAGAAGGAAUUGAUUAAUCACUUCAAUUCAUGUGGCGAAAUCUUUAGGGUUGUUGUUCCCAAAAAAGACCCUGAUUGCCCUAAUCUCGACAGACGCGCUUUUGUUAUCCUUCUCGGAGAUGGCGCAAAAGAGAAGGCUUUGCAACUUAAUGGAACUGACAUGGGAGGAUGGAUUGCUCUUGUCAAGGUUGAACCGGAUAGAGAAGACGAGGAGUCAGCAAAGUAUAGAUCCUCUCUGAUUCACGAACUAAUGCAUGACCCAAAAUUUCUGUAUGGGGUUACCGUUAGCGGAUAUGACACUUCCCUUACUGUUGAAGAAGUCGAGAGCGCUUUGACAAAACAUUUCAUGUAUUGUGGGGAGAUAACUCAUAUUUAUGUCAAUACACUCGACAAGUUGACUAAUAUCUAUUUCUCCAAACAAGAAGAAGAAGCUAGGGCGAUGGAUCUUCGUGGAACUAAAGUGGGAGGGUUCAAAUUAACUAUUUUUCGCGUAGCUACUGUCCUAAGUAACCGUCCCCUUGGCAACGGUGAACGUGGUCAUGGCUAUACUAUCCCAGCUCAUAUGAUUGAGUUUACCUCCGAGCUCAACGCCAAGGUCAUUGCUUUCAAGAAAGAAAGGGGAUUUAGAUUUGUGGAAGGGAUUGGAAAGUGGAUAAGGUGA